GGGCGGGAAUUGGCGAUGAAAAUUUUGGGGGGGAUGAUUUUAUAAGAGCGCCAUUUACGGGCAGAUUGAAUACCCCAAUAUCUAGGAAUCCUGUCGCUGGCUUCGGAGUAGGAUAUUUAAUUCCGGCAAGAACUGUCGAAUCCGAGGAAAAUUUUGAAUGUGAUCAGUAAGAGAAAGGUUUCAGAAGAGAAUUGAAAACAGAAAUUAUCAUCGAUAAAACACAUAUAUUGUUACUUUUGUAAAAAGUUGGAGCAAUCUAGGGCGACAGCUUAGAAUCGACAUGGACAUUCCCUCAACAUCUGGUGGCCAAUCAGGUGUUCGAGUGGCAACGCCAUCCUCUGAUGCCGAUGCGUCUCCAGCUCUGUCGACAAUUUCAGAAGACUGUGCCGCUAUUCACAUGCUGGACGAUGAUUGUCUGUUCAGGAUAUUCUGUCUCUUUUCUAUCGGGGAAAAACUCAUUAUAGAACAAGUUUGUAGGCGUUGGAAGAGAGUAUCCAAGCUCGCAUGGUACCGCAUGAGGCGCUUAAAUUUAGCCAGAGCCGCAUUAGGCACAACUGAUUUUGAUAAGCUACCACUGCAGUUCCAAAAUAUUCAGGGCAUCGCAAGACUUCUGAGAAGAUGUGGACAGUACCUGUCCAUCUUGAAACUUGGCAGCCCUUGUCAUUGCACGAUGAUUUCAUUUAUUGCCAGGCACUGCAAGAAGUUAGUCCAGUUAGAAAUCUCUGCUUACCACAAUGGGCGAAAUAUCCAUAAUACUCCAAAAGCCAAUGGUCUGGAGUUCUUCUGUCAAAAAAAAUUGAGUAACGUACUUCCUUCGGAUGAGCUUGGAGUAUUAGCUUGGCCUAAACUUUAUGAGCUUCAUCUAAGGGGCCCUUCACAAGAAAGCGAUGCGGCCAAUCGCAAUCGUGUUUAUCUACCCCACUGCUAUCAUUACUACAUUCGAGAUCUGAAGAAAGUGGCAAUGAUGUCCCUGGAGAACUUUGAUCUACGAGAAUCCUUGGAUUCUAUCCUACGACUAAAGGGUGAACUCACCUACCUCUCUCUUGCAAAUUCAAUUAUUGGAGACGAUGUCUUCUUUCCGCAUCUCGUGUUUUUAGAGCACGUCAAUGUCGAAAGAGUCCUUGAAGUCGACGCCGAAUUCUUAACAAUGUUAUCAACAUCUUGCACGAAAUUGAAGUACCUGAAUCUCAAUUACUGUUCGAACCUCGAUGAUGAAGGUAUGAUGCACUUGUGGCUCCUGAAUGAACUCGAGGAGCUCACUGUUAAUUUCGUACCGGGUAUAACAGAUUUUGCAUUCAGUGGAUGUCACAGUUUAAAAAAAUUGAGCUGCCAGGGCUGUCAGUGCGUACGGGAUGGUGAAUUGAUAUUUUACCUUAACACUCUUCCUCCGUUGGAGUAUUUGAAUUUGCAGUUGACCGCUGUUACUCCGGAGAUCCUUGCCGCAGCUAAUACAAUGACGAAGGUCAGAAGUAGUAAUAUUCAGCUUUACCUUUUGGUCAACGCCUCCAUAAUCAGGCAUCCGCAUGGGUUUUAUGACUCCUCUUUGCUGGUAAUCGAUGGUACAAAUGAUUCAGUCGACCCAUUGCGGAUUCGUACGAAACAUUAUAAUCCAUAUCCUUCUUAUUAUGAGUUUGAGUAUGAACAUGGGAUAGAUUCUGAGCCCGAUGAUUGGCGAAGGUUUUUUGCUGAUGAUUAUGAGAGCACACCGCCUUCUGGAACGCCUGAAUCAGAGGACUGACUGAACUUUCCGUUGUUAUUGCAGGCUUUUGAAAAUGUACGGUCGGGGUUGUUGAAGAGUGUCAAGGGAACUGAUGCAUAUGUGGAUUUAAGUUUUUAGAAACAUCGGUCAAAUUUGACAAAUAUUGUAUGAAUUAGUACCUGUUCUGGUUGAUUUGAUUUGUUAAGUUAAUUGUUUUAUCUCGAGGGUCUGUGUACCAUACAGUGAAAAUAGAAAUGUCGAUAAUAUUGAAUUGUUUAGUUUAGUCUCGGCAGCAGGAUUGUUUGUAGAAAUUUUGAGAUACUAUUUAAUAAAAAAACUAUUGAAUCUAUAAA